AUGUCUGAAGGUGGAGAUCAGCAACCCGCUUAUGCGCCGCUCGACGAGGCCCUCCAAGCUAGCAUCACGGAGCUACUCGAUAAGGUCAUCGACCAGUUCAACCGCAACGAGCUCUCUUUUGCUGCCGCUUUGCGUCGGGCUGGCGACAUCAUACGUGGGGCUGUCGUGAACGUUCAAGGUGUCUCAGAAGCCUCUAUUGAUGCGCUCUUCGAGAACUUCACGCAGCAACUCGAAGAUACUCGCCGUACGAACGACGCUAUCGAUAAGAACGGAGGACGUAUGAGGGAGAAAUCGCCCGCCGGAGGUCCUCAGAACCGUGGCUCGUCCAGCCCGUCGCCUCCUCCUGAUGACCGCCGCCUCGGUCGCGGGCACGGUGCCCCGGGCCCAGGCGGUGGUCCGCCGUCCGAUGACGGUGACUUCGGAGGGCAUGGUGGUGGUCGCGAUGGGUUCCCUUUCCCGCGCGCGGGCAAGCGUGCUCGGUCUCCGGGUGACGAGGGCGAAGGGAUUGCGCGACGGGCUUUUAACGCGGACCUCGUCCCGUUUGGGCCGCCUGCUGACGGCGCCGUGGGUUCCUUUCGGGGGAACGUCUACGUCCAGCAAAGCCCCUUCGCGGCAUUCCUCCAUUCGACACUUCGGCUCAAGCUCAACUACCUCUCCGACACCACGUCCUCACUCAACCUGCUCGCCUGCGACCUCAAUGCGCCAUCGUUCCCCAACUCGCUCUGGAAGGACGUCCUUUGCAACAAGUAUGUCGACUUUGCCAAGGUUUUCGCCGCGGUCUACGCCACCCACGGAGAAAGUCGCGAAACCAUCUCCAAGCACGGCGACAUGGAGCUCCUCCUCGAGAAGACUAGCAGCAGGUCUUCGCGGCCCAUCACCUCGCACGCUGAGUGGGCCAUCGCCUGGCAAUCUUACAAACGAGCGGUCUCUUUCGCGUACCCCCAUCGCGAGAGCGAGCUCGCCGCCUACGAGAGCCACAUCACCGAGCUCUUCAUCUCUAUCUCUCACGCCGCCGGAUCAGUCAUCUUAUACGAUUCUGCCGUCCGAGUUCACGCCGCCAGCCGUAACGACGUCUACCUCGGGGACUUCGACGCUUAUAAGGGCAUCCACCUCCGCUACAUCAACAGGCCUAGCGGAGGAAGCACGUCUUCGGGAGGCUCUGCUCGCAAGGCAAGCAACCUCGAGUCGCGCAUCGGCGGAGUCGCUUCGGGCUCGGGCGGUGGCCGUUCCAGUGCUCGCGGCCCCACAACUGCAACUACCGGCACGUCUGCUCCAACUGCAAGUCGGCUACUCACGCCCUCGUCGACUGUACUUCCAAAGCCAAGAAGUGAUCCUGUUCAGUCGACUCGGAGUUUGGGCCCGCCGCUGGUCGGUCCGCGCCUGAAUCGCGGUUUCCUCUGGGAGGAAGACCCGUUCCUUGAUUCAUAUGUUACUCCACUAGCUACCUGGACCGAGACGGCGCAACCCGUCCCUUCUCCACCUCUGUCUGUUCUAAACGACCCGAUUGCAAACACGACUCUCGCCUCGCAUCCUCAUCUCUUCGCCGUUGUUACUCCGAUAAACAUUAAAAACUUCGAGUCCUCAUUAUCCUCGCACCCAAAUCAACCUUAUGUUCAAUCUGUUAUACGUGGUCUUCGAGAGGGUUUCUGGCCGUAUAUCGACGGCGAUCUGGAUCGCCCCCUCAUCCGCGAUCAUCCUGAGCGUGACCUUGAACCCGCUCACCUCGCGUUUGCUAAGGAGCAGCGUGACGAGGAGCGCGCGCUACAUCGCUUCUCGCCAUCUUUCCCGGAGCUCCUUCCUGGCAUGAUCAACGUCCCGGUUCAUGUCGUCCCCAAACCUCACUCAAACAAAUUCCGCCUCGUUGUCGACCACUCCUCCGGAAAUUUCUCGCCCAACUCGUUCAUACCCAAGCACGACGUGCACGUCAAGCUCGAUACAGUCCGGGACCUCCUACGCAACAUGCUCACUCAUCGCCGACGCUUCGGCAAAAAGCCUGUUUGGAUCUUCAAGUCCGACGUGUCUCAAGCUUACCGUCGUCUCCCUGUCCACCCUCUCGCUCAGCUUCGACAGGUCGUCACAAUCGAUGGCGACCGAUCUGUUGAUCGCUGUGUCAAUUUCGGCGGGCGCGGCUCGGGCACCGUUUUCUGCUCGUUCAUGUCCUUAGUCGUCUGGAUCGCCGUCAAGAUGCACGCGAUUGAGGGUCUUCUCGCGUACAUGGACGAUAACUUCGGCUUCGACGACUCGGAAGAGCUCGAGUACUACCAACCCUACAACUCAUACUACCCGCCCAAGCAAGCCGCCCUUCUACGCCUAUGGGACUUCCUCGGCAUCCCUCACGAUAAGCCUAAACAGGAAUACGGGCGCUCCCUUGAUGUCACCGGACUCGAAGUCGAUUCGGUCAACCUGACGCUCAGGCUCAACGACGACAAGCGCAUCGAUUUGGUUGACGCCGUUUUCAUGUUCAUAUCAGAAAAUGCUCCCUUCCGCCAGCGACGCCUCGUUGAUUGGGAGCGCAUGCUCGGCUGGAUGAACUGGGCCCUGAGUGUCGCACCCCUCCUUCGCCCCGCGUUAUCGCCGGGAUGGGACAAGAUACGGGGCAAGACGCAGCGCAACGCUCGCAUCUACCUCAACGCGGCUGUCAAACGCGAUUUCGCGUGGUUCGCCGACUCGUUCCGCGAAUGGGACGGCCUCCAUGUCGCCGACGCUCGGCUGUGGGCACCUCAAGAUGCCGAUCUAACCGUGUUUUGCGACGCUUCGCUAUCCGGUUUAGGAUUUUGGUGCCCGCAACGUCAUCAGGGGUUUGCGGGCGCUCUCUCAGCUGCGCCAGCUGACACCGCCGCCCCUGAAACGAUCUUUUGGCACGAGGCUAUAUGUGUGCUACGCGCCCUCGCCUGGGCGGUCCGCCUCCCCUCUCCACCCCGCCGUCUGGCUAUCUACACCGAUAACCUCAACACGGUCCAGAUAUUCAACUCUUUCAAGGCUUACAACGCCUAUAACGAUAUCCUCCUCCUAGCCGCUCGCUUGCUGCUGCAGUCUCGGGUCGACUUGCGUGUCGUUCACGUCCCCGGGGUUGAGAACGGUGUCGCCGACGGUUUAUCGCGCGGGCUUCUUGAUGUUGCAUACGCGCUGCAUCCCGGCUUGAAGAUUUAUCACCUGGAACCGGCGACAUGGCUCCAUCUGGGCACGGCGGCAUGCUAG